AUGAGGCGGACUGCCGGAGUUUCUGAAGUAGCGGAGUGCGGUGGUGGAGAGAGUACCAUGGCCGCUUGUUCCGUCGGCGGCGGCCGGGGCUCGCUUGUGGUGGUGGGAGUGAGGCUCGACGCGCGGAGUAGGGAGCUGCUGACGUGGGCACUAGUGAAGGUCGCGCACAGUGGCGAUCGCGUCGUUGCUCUCCAUAUACUCGAUCCCAGCACGGAAGAUAAAUCGUCUCUUCUUUCUCUGGUGAAGAAUUUUGAUUCGCUGCUGGCUGCUUAUGAAGGAUUCUGUAGCUUAAAACAGGUAGAUUUAGAGCUUAAGGUUUGUAAGGGGACCCCUGCUCGUCAAAUCCUAGUCCGCGAGGCAAAAUCGUGUGGUGCCCAGAGCUUAAUUCUUGGUACCUCGAAUGUCCAUCACAAAAUUAGAUCGAGGAUCGCAGUUGCCAAGUACUGUGCCAGCAAUCUCGACAAUAAUAUCUCAGUUUUAUGUGUCGAUAAUGGUAAGAUUGUAUUCAGAAGGGAAACAAAUGCUUCCUAUGAGCCAUAUUCCCGAAGUCAUGGUGAGUCAGAAUCUUUGUUGAAAUGGAGGAAGACGUUAGGCAGAAGCCCUCUGAGCCUACCGACCCUCAGAGUUUUAUCAUUACCUAGUAACAAAGAUGAGAACAGUUCUGUGGCUCUUGUACCCUUUAAGAAACAGUUAUUGCCAGUAUCUAAAUCAAGAUGGGAAUCAUUCAGGAGGGUUCUUUCUCCCAGACGAGGAACACCUGAAACUUCAUCUACUAAGAAAUCUUUUUUGAUGACCUGGAAAUUGAAAUUACCGGGUCAACAAUCUUUUGCAGCUAUUUAUCCCGAUCAGAAGCAGAUUGCUGCACCCAAUGAAGAUAAAUCUCUGUUGAGUUUGGAUUCAGAAAAGGGAGCUAUUGUACCGUACUCAUCUCAGAGAGAUUCGGUUCCUUGUGUAAAUAAGAUUUCCUCGGAAGAACUCAAAGCGCUUGCAGAGAAGUACUCAACAACAUGCCAACGGUUUAGCUACCAGGAACUCUCGUUAGCAACAAAUAAUUUCUUACCAGAAAAUCUGAUCGGGAAAGGGGGAAGCAGCCAGGUCUUUCUAGGCUGUCUACCUGGAGGCAAGAAGUUAGCAGUUAAAAUUCUCAAACCAUCUGAAGAUGUACUGGAACAUUUCGUUUCAGAAAUUGAAAUCAUUACGUCUUUGCAGCACAAAAACAUUAUAUCUCUAGUUGGAUUCUGUUUUGAGGAAAACAAACUACUCUUAGUUUAUGACCUUCUAUCCAGAGGAAGCCUGGAAGAAAAUCUCAAUGGUGCAAAGAAAUCAAAUCAGUUUGGUCUAGAAGAGAGAUAUAAGGUUGCUUUGGGAGUUGCCGAGGCACUGGACUAUUUACAUAGUUUGCCCGAGCCAGUUAUACAUAGAGAUGUAAAAUCUUCAAACAUCCUUCUCUCAGAUGCUUACGAGCCACAGUUGUCGGAUUUCGGUCUUGCUACCAGGGUUUCAAGUUGUUCGCAUCAUGUGGAUACCUCAGAUGUUGCUGGCACAUUCGGCUACUUGGCUCCUGAGUAUCUUAUGCAUGGGAAGCUGAACGAGAAACUUGAUGUGUAUGCAUUUGGUGUUGUACUUCUUGAGUUACUAUCUGGUAGAAAACCAAUUUGCAGUGGAUCCCCAAAGGGCCAAGAGAGCUUGGUAAUGUGGGCAAAACACAUCUUGGAGGAUGGUGAAUUAUCAGAACUUCGAGAUCCUCAAUUGGUCAACUCUUGUAAAGACGAACAAUUUGAGAUAAUGGCCUUAGCUGCAGCCUUGUGCAUCAGAUAUGCAUCCCAGUCCCGUCCUGAUAUUAGCCUUGUUCUCAAACUCCUUCAAAGAGAUCAAGAGGCCGUCAACUGGGCUAGGCAGGAAAUCAGGGGUUCUGAUGAGUUGAAUGGUGUUCACGGCGAAGAAUCUACUACAAAAGUCCAGUAUUUCCUUAAUCUUGCAUUGCUUGACUUGGAAGAUGAUUCUGCUUCCGUAAGCAGUACUGAGCAGAAUAUCUCCGUAGAAGAUUACUUGCGUGGUAGAUGGAGCCAUUCUUCAAGCUUCAAUUGA